AUUUAAUGGUAAUUCGUAUGUAAUUGAGAGCUUGAUUACAAGAGUAUCGAAUGUUUUGAGUAUGGUUGAUCUAAUGAUCAUGUUCUGUUAAUGCUAUUAAGAAGUAUAUUUAUUAGCUAAAAAAUUACUUCUUUUCCGAUUCUUGCGCCUGCUUCCGCUUUCUUCUCCACAUGUGAUUGCAUUCACUUUUAUCCGCUAUUGACUUGGCAACAUAACCGUCCGAAGCAUUCAUGUCUUCCUUGGAUUCAAAUAACUUCUUUCAUGCGUGUGGUCCACCAGCCCAAACGUGAGAAAUAUUUCCAACCCAAUAUCCAACUGCAAAGAAUAACACUGGCCCAACAAUUGCCCCCAUUCGUAUUGGUGAUAGUCGAAUCGACCGAGGAGACUGUCAUCAUUGCGAAUUUUAAGUUUCAUUUUCCCACCAUAACUUUCUCUCUACCCAAUAUCUGACAAACUCGUCGUUCUAAAGGAGAUUUCACUGCCUGAUGCACACAGACCUUCGCUCCCUUCACUUCUUGACACAGUUCCAAGCGAGCUUUCCUCCACCACUAUUCUUGUAAUCUUCUACCAUGGAGCAACCGAUAUUCAAGAGCCAGGGAGUUCUUGAGACCAAGAACCUAAAAGCCGGUGAUCUACAGACCAAAGACAAGGAAGAAAUUGAAUCUGCAUAUUGUUUCCCGCCUUCGGCAAGGAUUCGUUACCCUCAACGUGGUGAGCGGCCUGACUGGAUUUUCCCUGGAUGGGUUUGUUUCUAUCAAUAUCCCUUUGAGAAGCUCGGCGUCCGCUUCCCUCUCUCUGAAUUGAUAAAAGGUUUUAUUACCGUCACUCAAGUGUCCCCUUGCCAUAUUAUGAUGCAGACCUGGAGGCUUCUACGUUCCCUAGUCUUCCUUAUUGAAAAGAAUGGUUUACACUUUUCCGCCGAGGACUUAGGCUUCACUUAUGACCUAUGAACAUCAGAAAAAGGGAAGUUCAUUUUGACCACCAAACCCGGCGCAGAACCUUUGAUUCUGGGGAUUAGCAACGCCAACGAUAGAGGCUGGUUAGCUAAGUUUUUCUUUAUUUAAAAAUCGUCGUUGAGCGACCCUGGAAACUACCUCCCCGAUCGUCUGAGAGUUGCAGGUAGGCCAUGCCCCUUUCGCUCUACAAAAUCCGAGGUAGUGCCUUUGACAUUUAUCUUCAAUAACCUUCCUCUUUCCUUAGGUCAGACAAAGACAUUUCCCUUGGAGUAUGGCCCUCAAGCUGAAGAGAGAACUAACGCCUUCCUGGCUUUGGACCAUGAGAUUCGCCUUUAUUCUAAUCUCAAGCUUGAAUUCCGAGGUACGACUGCUCAUUCUCCUUCUGUCAGUCCUGUUCAUGUUGGCUUGCGGUGUUCCUCCCGAAAUGUGUCUAAAUCUCCUGGUUCAUGCCAAGAUACAUCGGCUGUUUCAGUUGAUAGUUCAGAGAAGGAGGGUGACACUUUGAGUGUCACUAGCGAUGUCGUCGCUCAGGAAGAGUGCGCUUCUCUCACCCGUCCGCUGGGGGAUAUGCUGCUUUGAAAUUUGGGUUCUCCCCAAAUCUGUGUCGUCUUGAUAAUGUGUUGAGAGACGAGAUUUCCCAAAAGCUCCUGCCUUCUGCUAUUGAUACUCUUUCUGACAUAACCAAUGUUGACAUUUUAUCUACUUCCUCUGCUCUAGCUUUCCAGAUGUUACAGACUAAUCUGGCCGCCGCGAAGCGUAUGCAUACCCUUGAGGCUGAUCUGAAGUCCUCUCAGUGUGCUGAAGAAGAGAUUAAGAAGAAGUUAUCUGAACUUUCUCAAGAGAAGCUCAUCCUAGAAGAGAAGGCAGCAUUCGCGACUUUGACGAUUGAAAAGUUAAGGGAGGACAUAAAGACGAAGUCAAAUAGGAUCAAGUCCCUUGAAGAGUAUGGCAGAAGAAAAAGGCAGGAAGUGAUUGAUGCUGCGGGAUUUUAUACUUGGCAAACCAAGAAAGAUAUCAUGGCGUCAUUCAUGGCUGGAGAGGCGAGCUAAUGGACUCCUGAAGAAGACAUUGCCAUCUGGCAGAAGCAUUUUGAAGGAACCGAACCUCCAGCGGGUGAUGAUGGCUUUGACUUAGGUGCAUAUGAUACCAAAGUUGAUUCUGCCCCCAAUAUCCACCCUUAGAAUAAUGACCUAGGUUGAUAAGACAAUCCGUACUAUUACUGCUUUUGUUUCUGGAGUGUUUAUGUUUUCGGACAACUUCUGAUCACGUCGGCUGGUGGUUUAUCCAGUGUUUGGUGGUUGUAACACCCCGACACGUAGGACCCGAGGUACUUACUAUAACACACCCUCCAGACCUCUAGUACUGUCCUCACAAACCGCCACUAGCCUUUUCUGCGCACUCUGUCCUCACUCGUGCGCGCCUUGAGAAACUUCCCAGGGGGGUCACCCAUCCCAAGACUACUCCCGUGCAAGCACGCUUAACUUUGGAGUUCUUGGUGAUGAGCUCUCUUAAAAGGAGAUGCAUCUUAAUGGUAUGAGUAGUACAAUUAAUUCGUUUGAAUUAAAUCUCAAGUAUUACAAUCACCCCCACUUAGGAACGCAACAUCCUCGUUGCACUCAUAAACCAAUCUCAAAUCUCAAUCAAAUCUCAGAAUCCUCCCCCGCUAAGUGCCCGCCUGAUAUCCAACGGGUCAACACACUGUCGCAGUGUUGCUCUGAUACCACCUGUAACACCCCGACCCGUAGGACCCGAGGUAGUUACUUUAACACACCCUCCAGACCUCUAGUACUGUCCUCACAAACCGCCACUAGCCUUUUCCGCGCACUUUGUCCUCACUCGUGCGCGCCCUGAGAAACUUCCCAGGGGGUUAGUCAUCCCAAGACUACUCCCGUGCAAGCACGCUUAACUUUGGAGUUCUUGGUGAUGAGCUCCCUUUAAAGGAGAUGCAUCUUGUUUGUAUGAGUAGUAUUAUUAAUCCGUUUGAAUUAAAUCUCAAGUAUUACAGUGGUCAUCAUCCCUGACUGUUGCUCUUUUGUUUUCACACAACGCGUGGGGACGUUGCUUUUGUUUUGAUUUGAAUUGUGUUGAAAUUCUUCCGUAUGUCGUAUGUUUGUUGUUUUGGGUAUUGCUACUGUUGUAGGUAUAUCUGUCGUUUUGGCCAAAACACGCGAGGCAUAUGGGUUUGUUUUUCAUUUUUUCUAUAUGAUUGACCCUUACUAACCUCACUCUCUCUUUUUAUGUUGUCAAGGGUAGUGUGUGGGUGCCUUCCGUUAGCAUGUUUAGAGUUUGUAGCAACAUCAUGCAUGAGAUCAUGUUGUCAGAGUCUGGUCGUUGGCUUUUGGUCAACGGCCCUUCGAUGCUUAAGUCUGGGAAUUUAAACAAGUACUCCGUAUGUAACAAUAAUCGAAUUUAAAGAAAUGAUGGCUAGCUGGACAAUAAUCAAUUAAUAUGUGAAUAAGUAGACGCCUCAACUUAGUAAGUCAUUGAUAACGGAUUCUUUAUUCGAACAAUACCUGUAAUGCCUCGUCUAUUUUUCUCAUUCCUUCUGUUUUUUAUCGACAUCUAUCUUUAAACUAGUUUGGCCGUUGACUUGCCAACGGCCCUCCGAUGGUCAAGUUAGUAAAGUGAUCAAAAUGAUUGUAAUUAUGUAAAACUUAAUUAGAAAUGGUAGGGUUUUAGGUGUACCGCA